AUGACCACUGAAAGAGAUAGCCUGAUAGAAGCGGAAGAGAUCCAGGAGUUUCGCUGGUAUAUCGUCCAUACCUACUCGGGCCAGGAAGACAGGGUCAAGAAGAAUCUGGAUUUGCGGAUCCAGAGUCUCGAUAUGCAAGACCGGAUUUUCCAGGUCGUCGUGCCCACCGAGGAAGAGGUCGUCUUCAAGGACGGCAAGCGGAAGUCUGAACAACGCAAACUUUUCCCAGGGUACAUUCUCGUCCAGAUGAACAUGGACGACGAGAGUUGGUACGUGGUACGCAACACGCCGGGAGUAACUGGGUUCAUAUCCAGUGAGGACGAUUACGACAAGCGUCCCAAGCCGGUUCCCCUGGAAGAUUCCCAAAUUGGACUCCAUUUUGAAACAAUCGGAAGAGGGUCCGGUCCGUAUCAAGAUUGGCCUGGAAAACGGCGAUACGGUACGCAUUACGGAAGGCCCAUUUAUCGACUUUGUGGGCGCCGUUGGCGACGUGGACGAGAGUAA